CAGUAUGAGAAGACUGAGUCAACUCAAAUCAAACCCACCACCACUCUCAUUCAGACAUUCAAACUCACCUACCCAAUAUUAAGUCCAUAUGUUACACAAGAAUUACUGGUAAAAACUUUGAACAUUGAAGGGAGGGAAGAUUCUAGUCCACUGGAAUCUGAAGAGUUCAAG